AUGUCCGGGCUACCGUGCAAUAACGUGUUUGACGAAAUGUUACAUGAGACUGUCAGUGAACUGUUCGUCGAUCCCACUAAACAGCCCGAAGACGCCGAUGGCAUCCCCGUCACAUAUAUCAGCGACAAACCCCUGGCAGCGUAUCCACAAAACAUAGCGAUGGAUGAUACUCAGCGAGCAGUGAAACGCCUAUGUUCAAGAUCUCAUGAUAUUCUCACAACAAUAGCUGGAACCGGGGAUGCGUACUCCAUGUACGCCGUCGACUACUCCACCAAUUCGCUGAACUUUCACUACCCAUCCAAGGGCGAAGAUUGCCUCCAGAUGCUAUUGGAGAUUCUUCGCAGACUGCUACCCUCACUUAAAUUUUUGCAUACUCAAUGCGGCCUAAGCUCUGCAUACCACGGCUGGUCCGGCUGUCAGUACGGCAGAGGAGUCAAACACUCCAAUUGGCAAUGCGGUGAACAUCCCGCCGACGAGUCAACCGAUUGCCUACCCAGAUCACCGCUGAUGUCGUAUCUUCGCGACUGCCUACCCGGGUGCCUGCCUCACCAGUUGGUCUCAGUGGGAUGCAAGUCCGAGUGUAAAACGUGUCCCAAAAGCCUACCCGGUGCGCCAUGUAUAACACCACUUGGGUUCAGAGGUUUCUCCGGAAGCACGAAGACAGGGAAGGACAUAUGUAACGUGCUGACCAAAUUCUUCGACAAUUCUAAUAUUAACACGCUGUUCGGUCUGCUGCCCAAGCCGCCAUCUACAUUGCCCGAACACUUCCAAUUUGCGUUGACGUUAAGUAAUAUGUUAGAUCAUGGCAAGUCCGCCAGUGAUGAUGUCAGCUUAGCUUUUGAAAUGAAAACGAAAGCGCUGUCCAUCGAGCUAUACAAGGAGACCAGCAAACUCACAGGUGCGCUGCAGAAUGCAUAUCGCAACCAAACGGGUCACAACACCCCGGCCCAUUCCAAAUCUACGGAGGCUGAUUUGUGGAGCUUGUCGAAGGAAGCUUCGUGCGAUUUACCUCAUGAGAGGGAUAUUCACUGCGCUCCCUACCUCUGCUCCACAUCCUCCGAUGCGUACACGUACCUCGCCAAAAAGCACGCCGAUCUCUACCUGUCAUGGGCUGUAUAUCUGCCGUGGACAUUCUACAGUUACCUGAAAUCGUUGCUCGAUGCGUUCCAGCAGAUUGAUUGUGGAGGCUCCGGUUGUACGAAAUGUUCGUGCAAGCCGGGAAAGCAUGGUGUCGAAUACAACUGCAAGUGCAAGGCAUUGAUAAGCUGUCGUGGAGUGAUGACUACGUUCUACCAAUACGGGUUCACUUUUGGCGACGCAAAAACGCUGUAUGGAACUAACAGAAAAUUCUGCCUUAGUUUCCAUACACAACUGAGUAAUCUGCUGAAAUCGCAACCCUUCGCCACAUUAUUUGAAGAAUGUGACAACUUCAUUUGGACCAUCAGAGAACCGUUCACCUAUCUAGUGCUCGCACUUUGGUCGCUGUCCCUCUUCUACCUCAUCUGCGUGAUGGUUGGCAGGCUGGAUGUGCUCCACAUACGCUCGCACCUGAGGAUACCGUCGUCGCACAAGAUAACGGCGCAAUCGCUGUUGGCUGCAGCGCAAGUCGGAAGGCUUGCCAAGAUAUCGUACCUGCAACCGUAA